AUGGCAUCCUCUCUGGUAGCAAAUCCAUAUACAACUCAGCAUCUUCCUCAGAACUCUUCUUACACAUAUGUCACCGCUCCUCAACCACCCCCAUCGCCUCCUGUAGACGAGGCCUCGAAAUGCUCUCUCCCAUCUAUAUCAAGUCUUCUUGGAGGACUCCCCAAUGAAUCGAAUCCACGAGAACCGGCCCAACAGCAAGCACCACAAGUAUCACAACCGCAGAAGGUCGAGUACAGACCCAGUUCAAGCCAUCAAUAUGGCCGAUCACCGGCAAUAAGUACUCGAGGUGGACUCCCCCCGACCCCACCAAUGCACUCAGAGUCCGGUUUUGACGACCGACAAUCCCCCUCUGCGGCAUCGAACUCUGGAUAUUCAGUUGUCUCAGCGCCAAGUUACUACUAUGGGCCUUCAGCAAUCAACAACGGGGAGUCUCAGGCUCAACGGCAACCCACCUCGUCCGUGCCGCGAAGACUCUCAGCACCGGUGCCCUACAGUCAACCAUCGUUCAAUGCGUCUCAAUAUAAUGCGAGCCAAAUGAGCUCCUACUACUCAAGUCCAAUGCAGUCGACACCCCCGCAAUCACAGGUUUCUGGGCUGUACUAUCAGCGGUCCCUUCCUCAGCAAUUCCCGCCACCAUUGAUGCCGCUUUCUGUGACUGUCACUCCGUCAUCUGGUGCGAACCCUUGGCAACAUCACCACUACAUCUCGCCAUCAUCGGCUGCAGCAUUCCCCCAGUCGCAGGAUCGGUACAUCUGCCAGACUUGCAACAAGGCCUUUUCUCGACCAUCAAGCCUGCGAAUUCACUCGCACUCGCACACGGGUGAGAAACCAUUCAAAUGUCCGCACCAGGGCUGUGGGAAAGCCUUCAGCGUGCGGAGCAACAUGAAACGCCACGAACGGGGAUGUCACACAUUAGAAAGCAGCGCGCUGCUGCACAUGAGGGACUGA